AGAUCCCAACCCGCUUUCCCCCUCUUCUUCCCCACGCACGGAAAUCGCGGGCGGAUUUGGAGCUCAGCUCGAUUCGGAAGGAAGCUCUCGCGAGAUGGCGGAGGAGAAGAGCGCAUUGCAGUCGAUGAGGGGGUGGGUCGUCGAGCACAAGCUCCGGGCCGUCGGGGCGCUGUGGCUGAGUGGGAUCGUGGGCUCCAUCGCGUACAACUGGUCCAGGCCAGGCAUGAAGACCAGUGUCAAACUCAUCCACGCCAGGCUGCAUGCUCAGGCCCUAACCCUGGCUGCCUUGGGCGGGUCUGCACUGGUGGAGUACUAUGAUCAUCAGUCAGGAUCAGGAUCCAAAGUUCACCAGUACGCAAAGCAGUUUCUCUCAUCGGAUAGUAGCUCACAAAAAGAGUAGGCUUGGAUGUAGAGAGGGCAGCAAGUUACAAACCACCAGCUGGAAAGAUGUGAAAUGUUUUUAUGCUACUUUUUAGAGGAAAUAAUUUUCUAUCACAUUCUAUGGGAUGUUAACCAGACUCCGUUUUGUGCUGGGCUGCCUGUUUCUCUGUUAAAUGGAAACUGCUACUGAACAUGCAUUCGGAUGUAUGACAUUGUGGUGGACAGACAUGAAUGAAAUGUUUCCAUUUAGUUGGAGUGACAAAAA